AUGGUUCUAUUCAUAAGCCUAGAAUUUUCAAAACGAGAUCACAUUGCUCGUCCGGUCCGGUUCUGGGCCACCAUCCUCUGGCAGGAUCCCACUCCAUCCUCCUUUCAUCCUCCACUUGGCUUCAGCACAUACGCGGCCACUAAUGGCCGACCUACGGCCGC